AUGACUUCAGCGAUGCAGCUGACCAUCACCAUCCCGGAUAAUGCUGCACCGGGAUCGGUGCUGUCGAUCCCGGUGAAAGGUCGAGCAGAGAACGUGAAGGCUCGGGUGCCAGAGGGCAUGGGGCCCGGCGACACCCUGGUUCUGACACAAAUAGCCGGCACAGAUGAGUGGGUUGAAGAGUCUGUGCUGAAGCAGGAGGAGCAGGCUGCUGCCAACGCAGUGUUCGGUGAUGAGGCCCAGCCCGCACCAUCGUCUUUGGUUCCUCCUGGCAUUGUCCUUCCAGAGGAGGCCGAUCUCGAACCCCUUGUGCCCAGUGGGCCCGUGGCGCAUACCGUGCGCUUGGAAACCACGGUCGGCGUCAUUGAUAUCAUCGUGCGCCCCGAUUGGGCACCCUACGGGGCACGCCGGUUUCUGCAGCUGGUGUAUUGCCGCGAACUCGACGGCCUCGCCUUUUACAGGUCUGUGAAAGGCUGCCUGGCGCAGUUCGGGCUCCCCGCGCGAAGGCUCUGGCCGCCUUUGCCCGACGACCCACCAACGGGCGUCCCCUUCCUUCUGGGCGCCGUGUGCUUUGCUGCAGCAGGCGAGAGCUCGCGGAAGUCGACGCUCUUCAUCUGUACUGGGGACAUGUCACACUGUUUCGGGCAAAGUGCCUGGGAGACGCCCAUUGGUGCCGUGGCGGAAGCUUCCCUUGAUGUGUUGGAUCGGAUCGAAAGUUGCUAUGGCGACAUUGCGGAGUGCGGCGGGCUCGGCCCUGAUGCGGGCCGUAUUCACGCAGAGGGCAAUGCCUACCUGCGAUCGCAUUUCCCCAAGCUGACCUACAUUGAGCAAGCCAGAUGUCUGGACUGGCCUCGACCGCUGUCGCCUGGCGCAGGCCAAACCGACCUUGCCCAGGACAGGCCCGGUCCGGCUCAGUCUGCGCAGGCAAAUGGGCCCGGCGGACCAUCUUUGGGCCUCCCCUUCGAGGGUCCUCCGGGCAGCGCCGCCACAGGUGGAGCCGUCGCAGCCCCGAUGGGCAGAGGCAGCGCGCUGCCAACAGCCACAGUCGUGAACGGCCAGCCGCGGAUCCAGCCCAACUCAGGCACCAGCACGGUCACCAUCAACACGCUUCCAGGUCAGGCGACACUACCUCCCUCUGGAUGCAGCGCAGGAAAGCCGGCAAUGCCGAUGGUGGGAAAUGUCUCUGUGCCGCCCUACAAUCCAGUCGGUCAGCAGUCCUGCUUUCAGCAACAAGCGAACCAACAAGUGCAGAUGCUGCUCACCAAGGCAGCAGCGAUGAAUCCAGAGGCUGCCCCAGUGACCACCUCCAGCUCGUGCCAGCUCUUGCCAACUGCGACCGGGCGCAGCGGCUCCUACGUCCCGCCGCCGGUGUUCACGACUUCGGCGUCCUACACGCCGCCGCCGGUUAUGACCUCUACUACAGGCUCUUGGGUUCCUCCUCCGCGGCCGCUAGGGCCGCUGACGGUGGGCUCUCCGAGUUCUCUGCCGGCCUUGGGUCCCCCCCUGGGGCAGCCCUUGGGUCAAGCGAUGGCGCAUACCGUGGGUAGCUCCGCCUCCCCACUGCCACUAGGGCACUGUGCUGGGCCAGGUGGGUGCAAUCCCCGCCCCUUCUCGACUGGAGGUGCUGCUCCUGCAGGUGUCAUGCCGUUUGGUGGCCCUUGCCCAUGUGGUGGGAGUCUACCAGCGCCCUCCUUUCCCAGCGUGUGCGGGGGCUGCGGCAUGCCGCCUGUCCCUGGCCUGGAGGGCAACCCAUGGAACUUCCGAGGUCUGCAGGUGCCACAGUUGCCGAUGCCGACGCUUCAAGCUCCCCAGAUGCCGGGUUUCGGUCCGCCAGUUCGACCCGAUGCGACGCAUCCGCUGGGCAUGGCCCCGCCUGGCCCCUUUCCUGGUGCGGGAUUUCCUCCCGGCGUGAUGCCUGGCUCUCCUGGCGUGAUGGCGGGAGGACUGGCAGCACCGUCACCCUCCCGGCCGUAG